UCUAGUGAAAGGCUCUUGAUACAAGGAACUGGAGCAUAACACGAUCAAAUUUUAAGGUGUGAUACAGCGUUACAUCUCCCUAUCUGAUCUUUGCUAUAAAUAUGUUGCAUAUACGAAAGGUAAGGAUGUAUGCGGGAGCCAAAAGCAUACCACGGGAGAGGACAAUACUGAUAACUUCCCUUAGAUUUUCUACGCCACAGGGGGAUCUGGGAAUACAUGGUUUUUCCAUUUCUUUUGUUUGUUUCUCUGCAGUGUAGUGGUGGUGGAAUAAACAGCUGUUGGAGACAUGAUGAUACACACGAACACGUCUAACCAUCUACAGUCAAGAGGGAUAUUAUACAAAACACUAGUGGUGCUAAGAACCUACGUACUUUGAACAAAGCAGAAAAAUCCUUUUUAUUUCCAAUAACAUACAGACUGAGCGUUUGGGUUAAGACGGAAAGAACAAGAAUUAGUUAAGGGAUGAACAAGACAUUUGGGCAAAUCUCCAUGAUCCUUGUUGGUUCAGCGCUUUAUUUGAUUAUAAUAAUUGGACAAAUCUCGUAAACACCUGCUACCCUGCUUACCUAAGAGUUAGUCUGCUGGUGUGGGUCGCAUCUUGGGGAAGGAUCUAAGGACCCCAACGGAAAUAAAUUACACUAUUUGGAGCCAUUCUGGGUUACUGAUCCCCCAAGAUAAUCUGAAUAGUCUUCUUCAGCUCAUCAGUACACAUCCCUACCUGGAGAGACUCCAGGUAGGGAUCCCUGGUGUAUUUUUCUUAUCAAGAGGGAAAAUCUAUCCAUCGGUCAAAGAAUGUGACUCGAUGCUGAAGGGUUUUUGAUUUAAAUAACUUGAGCGACACUCCCUUUCCUCGGAUCAAAUCUGAUUACCUUACAGCAGGAGUUGUAUGACCCUUACAGGCUUAGAACUUCCUCGUGAUUACAAUAAAUCACUCCACAUUGCCUAACGUAGUCUUACAAUCUGCAGUUGCUGACACAAGGUACAGUUUGUUUGUCAGAAACGAAAGGAUUAGUCUUAUAUGAGCUGACGUUGGAUGACUCCAUAGCUAAAGUCAUGCGCGUAUCUUGGCACCAGUUUCCUCCGUUGCACUGGCACUGACACAGAAAGGACACGAGCCUCCACCUCAAUGUUUCCCUUCAAGGGAGGUUCCUCGAUGUCAGUGAGGGGUUCUUGAUUCAAGGAACUAGACCUAUCCUCUAUUUUCUUGGAUCAAACCUGAUUGCCUCUCAUUCAUCCCUACAGGUGAAUGAGAGGCAAUCAGGGAUUUGUAUGACCUAAAGAGUUUGUAUGACCCCAACGGGUUUAGCACUUUCCCAUGAAUGUAAUAAUUUUCAAAUGUUUAAGUUUUUAGUUGAGGGCACAUAUUAUGUUUUCCUUUGGAAGCCUUAAAUCCGUAGGGAGCAGUUUUUUUUUUUUUUUUUUAUUCGCCGGUAGUCUCCCGGCCCGGGUCUUUUCCAAGUAGUGGUGACCCGGCCUUGGCUCCCUAUCUGGGGAGUGUCUCGAGACUUAAGUCUCCCAUGGGAGGAGGUACAAGUACCCCCUCAUCUUUGGGACCAACUGUCCUCAGGCCUAGCCACAUUCCCCGCCCUCACGGGGCUCGUAGGGAGAAGCUAGGCCUCUGGUCUGCCAUCUGCCCCGCCCCAAAAGGGGCUCGUGGGGAUGGCAGUCUUGUGAGCUGCAGGUGGUAGCAUAGUGUCUGGGGAAUAGAUAAUCAGGUUUGAACUAAGGAACAGGAAGUUUUUAUUAUUUUUUAGGGGAUCAUGGGCUUCACCAACAUCAAAGUAUGUAUUCCCAUAUCUUGAAGAGGUCCCGUGGGCGUUUUACAAGCUCCGUGACUUUUUAUUAUUCUGGGUGAACAAUCCUUCAAGGGAGGCUCUUUUGCGCAGAUGGGAAACUGUUGAUCCAAGGAAAUGGAUCUAACCUUUCCUUCUUCGGAUCGGGCCUGAAAACGUCCCAUUGAGCUAUGUAUCACUGGUCAGGCCUCAUUGAGAUAUGCUGCACAGUUCUGGUCACUGUUACAAAAUGGAUAAAAAUGGACUUGAAAACACAAAGAAGGAUGACAGUUGAUCUCAUGUAUCAGAAAUCUUUCCUACGAGGAUAGACUGAGGGAACUGAAUCUGCAUUCCCUAGAAAGGCGUAGGGAAGCUAUGACUGAGGUGUAUAAGUGGAAAACAGGAAUAAAUAAAGGGGAUGUAAAUAACAUGCUAAAAAUGUCUAACCAAGACAGCACUCGCAGCAAUAGGUUCAAGUUGGAAAAAAAUAGAUUUAGGAAGGAUAUAAGAAAGCACUGGUUUGGUAACAUAGUUCUGAAUGAGUGGAGCAAACUUCCGAGUAACGGCACUGAAGUUAAAACAUUGUGUAGUUUUAAAAAUAGGUUAGACUUGACUAGCUUGGGCCAGUAGGCCAACUAGAUAAGAUUUUGUUCGGACUUUUAACCCCGGAGGGUUAGCCACCCAGGAUAACCCAAAAAGGAAGUGCGUCAUCGAGGGUCUGUCUGCCUUAUUUCCAUUGGGCUCCUCAAUCUUGUGCCCCAAGAUGCGACCCACACCAGUCGACUAAUACCCAGGUACCUACUUGCUAGGUUAACAGGACAACAGGUGUAAGGAAUCGCAUCCAAUGUUUCUACCCCUACUGGGUAUCGAACCCCUCGGCGUGUGUGAAGCGAGAGCUUUGCUAGCCAGACCACGGGGCCCUGUAUGUUCUUCCCCACCCGUAAAUCCCAUACGGAUUUAACGUUCUUCCUAUAACUACAAUACCUAAGCGAUUUCUGCUGAUAGAAAUUACAUACUUCAAAGGAUAGCUGGGAGUCCUUUAUGGCAAGUCAGGUAGUUCAAGGUGCAACAGAAGGUCUUAUCAACUUUUACGUUAUCAGUUGAAGAGUGAACACGUUUUCAUUAAAUAUUUUUAAACUGAAAGGAGAAUUAGAUUGUUAUAUGGAGGAUCAGUUGGUGUUGAAGCCGCCAGGGCGGCGCUCCAGGGGAUCGCACUCUCUGUCAGCUAUACUCGCCGACUCUCUAUACUUGUUUACAUCUGGGUGUUAUUGUGUUCUACGAAUUAGGAUUUAUUCUCCAUAUUUAAGGAUAUUUUAGUGUCUCAGCAGACCAAAAUGUGGAGAUGGAGGGAAUUGAGUACAGUACCGAACCAUUUGAGAGCUUAUACGAGGUGUACGAGGAGAUAGGAAGUGGGCAGUUUGCCGUUGUUCGCCGAUGUGUUGAGAAAGCUACUCGUGCUGAAUAUGCUGCUAAAUAUAUUCGCAAGCGACGUGUGGCAUCCUCCCGACGUGGGUUGCCCUUAGAAUCCAUUGCAAGGGAAGUACGUGUCUUGCAAAAGCUGGAUAAUCACCAGAACAUUAUAUCGCUUCAUCAAGUGUUUGAUAAUGGACAGCAGGUUAUCUUGGUACUGGAAUUGGUGCGAGGGGGUGAGCUGUUUGAUCAUAUAAGUGAGAGAGAGAGACUAUCAGAGGAGGAAGCAUCUGCAUUUUUACAUCAAAUCUUGCAAGGUGUCAAACACAUGCAUUCAUUGGGUAUUGCUCAUCUUGAUUUAAAGCCAGAAAAUGUUCUUUUACUAAGCAAAAACCGCCAGCAUAUAAAACUAAUUGAUUUUGGUCUCUCUCGAGUCAUUACACAAACAGAGGAAGUUCGAGACAUGAUGGGUACUGCAGAGUUCGUGGCUCCUGAGAUUGUCAACUAUGAGCCGCUGUGUCUGGCCACAGAUAUGUGGGCCAUUGGGGUCAUAACAUAUAUCUUAUUAUCUGGAUCUUCACCAUUCUUGGGUGAUACACAGCAAGAAACAUUUAACAAUGUAACUGCUGUGGAUUAUACCUUCGACACAGAGUAUUUUUGUGGCACUUCAGAUUUAGCAAAGGACUUCAUCUGUCGGUUAUUGUUAAAAGAUGCCAGAAAACGGUUAACAGCUGAAGAGUCAUUGGCUCACCCUUGGAUAAAGCCGCAGUCCAAAGAGCAGGAAGAUGAGCUUAGGGAUGCACAAACUAACAUGGAUAACUUUAAGUCCUAUCAAGCAAGACGGAGAUGGAAGGAGAACCAAACUCCCUUACAUGUUGCUAGUGGUCGAGGACAUGUAGAGUGUGUUCGGGGAUUGGUUGGUGCAGGAGCAUGUGUUGAUGCUCAAGAUGCACAUGGUGCCACCCCACUUCAUCAUGCAUUGGCUCGGCACCACACUCAGGCUGCCAUGAUCCUUCUCCAUGCUGGUGCCAACACAGAUAUAACAGAUGAUAUAGGGGAGGCUCCUAUACACAUAGUAGCAAGAGAGGGCUUGCUGGCUUUAGCUCAAACCCUUUGUGCCUUUGGAUGUAGUGUUGAUGUUUCCAACAAGGCAGGUCUUUACCCUUUGCAUCUAGCAGCCAAACAUGGACAUACAGAGUUAGUGAGAUGUUUGUGCUUGGCUGGCUGUACAGUGGAGCAGAAGAGCCGUGAUGGAAUACUGGCAGAAGUUUCAGCUAUGGCUCAAGGAUUUGAUGAUAUUGCUGACCUUCUCAAUAAACUUCGAGGAGAACAGCAGCGAGAAGAAUACAUUCAGCAGCUCAUUCCAAGUCCUUCAUCUAUUCCACGGAUAAAAGUUAAAAUCUUGGGUCAUUCGGGGGCAGGAAAGACAGCUCUUGUUGAAACACUUAACGGUUACUUCUCUUCUUUCUUCCGCAGGAGUAAAAGUACCAUAUCAACCACAUCCAUCGGAUCUACUGGAAAAAGUCCCUCUGCCAUGAAGGGGCAUUUUGAAAUGGAAUCACCUGUAAGCUCUCGUCAGAACUCUCUCACCUUUGAACCCUGUGAGAAUUAUACCAAAGGCAUUGAUGUACAGCAGGUUAAUAUUUCUGGUGUGGGUGAAUUAUCACUCUGGGAGUUUUCUGGUCAUGAAGCUUACUUCCCGGUAUAUGACCACUUUAUAGGCAACACCUCCUGUGUCCACCUUAUUGUGUUUCCACUGAACCAACCAUUUGAUGUUCAGUUGCAACAGUGUUCCUUUUGGAUGUCUUUCCUUCAAGCUCGAAUCCCUCCCAUGGAACCUUUAAAUGUUAGAGGAAAGCCAAGUAAACCAGCAAAAGUGGCUUUAGUUGGUACCUAUGCUGAUGCAGCUCAGUGCCACCGCAACCUCCAGGGAGAUUACGUGGCUCCACAAGUUCAUCUUCUCCAGGAGAAGCUGCUGGAUCUGUAUGGUGAUGUAUUUGAUGUUCACGAUACAGUGUAUGUGAUGGAUGCCACUGCUCCAGGCUCUACAGCUGUUCGUUCUCUCAAACAGUAUCUAGCAGAUUGCAAAGCCAAAGUUACUCAGGGCUGGAGCGGAGCCAGUGUGGCGUAUGCUGUUGGGGCGGCUGUUAGCGGUGAUGGAUAUACGAUCCUGCAACCUGACGCGUGUGAGGGAGUACCACGAGUGACAGGCUUUCUGGGAGCAGUGGUGAGCACUUUGACUGAGUGGCGAGCAUCACUAGGAGAGUUUCCAGUUGUGUCGUGGCCCCAGUUUGUUGAUGUAACUCAUCAGAGGGUCAACCCUCUGGCUGGUGAAGAGCACUUACGUGAGGUAGUGCAGCAGCUGCAACUGAUGGGUGAAGUAGUUUAUUUAAAGGCAGAAGCACAGGAUCUUGUGGUGCUGGACCCUGCCUGGCUUACUCACCAACAGCUAGGUCAUCUACUUUCUACACAGUAUGCUGCCCAGGCAAGAGUCACUGGCUGUUACACUGUUGACGACUUCCAAAUGAGCUUCCCUGAAUGUGAUGCCUUAGAUCUGUUGCAGGUUUUAGAGGCUUUACACCUGUGCACUCAGUGUGAUAAUGAUGGAGAAAUUGAGUAUGAAUUCCCAUGCUUCAAUCAAGUUGAAACUCUUGAUGGACUAUGGGAAAAGGUUGAUCCACGCUACACAGAUGGUGUAUAUGGUGGUGUAAGGUUACGAUCUCCUGCACCAACACAGUAUAUUUUGCCUCCAAUUUAUAUUCGCUUGCAGGUUCAGCUUAGAAGAUCUUGGCAAGAAUACCCUGAGAGGGAUACUGAUUUAUACCAGUGGUGUAGUGGCUCCAAGUUCUGCUCGGGCCCUUUGGAAGCUCUUCUUACUCUAGAGGAGGGAGGUGAAGCUAUUGAAUUGAAAGUUCGGGGACCACCAGAGUCGGGACCUGUAGCCUUCUUUUUCAUGGAAGAUCUUUUAGCCAUGAUUGAUCAGGUCCUUGUCGAGAUGUGCCCAGGACUUGUACUGGAAAAGCACGUUCUGAGUGCUGAACAACUUGCAGCUCACUCAUCUACUGUGUAUGCUUGGCCACCAGCAGACAUCUACACAGCAUUACUUGGCAGUGGUAUUCGUGCAUCACUUAUCAAUCCAAUAACUGAGAAAGAAGAGACAUUCACUCAGUUAGUUUGCUUUGGAUCCCAAGAUGUUGUAUCCACUCUGGUUGUUGGUGGGGAUGUUCACAUCUCCAGUCUAUGCACAGUGACUGUUCAGCGUUUAGCAGCUCACAUGGAUCCACCUCAUCCACGUGGCUCUGACUGGUGUGUUCUUGCAGUGAAAUUAGGAUUACAGCAACUUUUACCCUCGCUGGAUUCCCAAGGUGGGUCAUCCCAGCAUUCUCCAACAGCCACACUGUUACACUCCUGGGGACAGUCUCCUACAGCCACUCUUGGCGUACUAGCAAACGAGCUUCGUGGCAUGGAACGUGAAGAUGCUGCGGUAUCUGUUAUGUGUGGGGCUCCUCUCUAUCAACUUGCACCUCCUGAUGAUGAUGCAACAUCUGAUUCUCCACCAAUCUCUUCCACCUCAGCCACAUCCACUUCUAACCUCUCCAGAUGAAUAAUAGCACCACAGGAGUCUCACUAAACUUUAACAGUUUUGUAAACUCUAUCAUUGCAUGCAUUUGCAGGUUUUAUUGAUAGUAUUCUUCAGACUAUUGUAUGUCCUUUUUCUAGAAUGCCAUUGCUUCCCUUCUAAAAUUACAUGCUUUGCUGUGAAUAAUCAUGUUAAUAUUGUGAUGUGAUAGGUUAUUACCUUUAAUUUUGAUAAAUUGUAUAAGCACAAAAAUUAUCCUUAGUUCUCAGUUGUCUUUACUAAGGAACUCAGUUCUAGGUUUACUUGUAAUUUAUGAAGGAAAAUAGGGUACAAGUAACAAUUGUGUGUUCUGAAUAUCAAAUCUUAUAUGUAUUAGGGUGCAGUAUCUCCACUCCUCGUUAUGUAGUUAUGCAUAUAUUUAUUUGUGCCAAGUCAUAUGUCUUUUCGUAUCACUGGUUGAGUUUUCAUGUUCCGUAAAUUUUAUAUUUAUCAAAAAGAGUAAAAUAUUUUAUCUUGUUUACUAUGUUACCCUUAGGAUAGGAGGUUUUACUUGGCUAAAAUUUAGUGUUCUAGGAUACUUUACAGCAGGGGUCCCCAACUUCUCGAUAUCUUUAUUACAUUAAUAGGAAUAAGCACAACCCAUAAGGAAACAUCAGGUUUUAUCCAAAUUAAAGGAAGAUAUAUCCCAUUCCUUGAAUUAUAAGUGCCUUGUUGGCAGCAAGACACUCCUAUAAAGGGGCUAAUAUUUUUAUAAUGAAAGACUAUUAUGAAAUUUUAAGAAAAUUCAUGUGGGCUUCCCUUCCCCUCUCAUCCCAGGAAACGUUUUCAUUAUAUUUGUACAAGCAAGUUCUGUAGUUCUUUACUCAAAAUGUGUAUAUAUAUGUUUUUUUUUUUUUUUCAACAAGUCGGCCGUCUCCCACCGAGGCAGGGUGACCCAAAAAGAAAAUACUUUCAUCAUCAUUCAACACUUUCACCACACUCGCACAUUAUCACUGUUUUUGCAGAGGUGCUCAGAAUACAACAGUUUAGAAGCAUACACAUAUAAAGAUACACAACAUAUCCCUCCAAACUGCCAAUAUAUAUGUAUAUGUGUAUAUAUUAUAUAUAUAUAUAUAUACAGUGGACCCCCGCAUAGCGAUUUUAAUCCGUGCAAGAGGGCUCAUUGUUAUGCGAAAUGAUCGGUAUGCUAAUGAAUUUUCCUCAUAAGAAAUAAUGGAAAUCAAAUUAAUCCGUGCAAGACACCCAAAAGUAUGAAAAAAAAAUUUUUACCACAUGAAAUAUACAUUUUCCUACACACAAAGAGAAGGAUA